UAUCGCGCAAACAAUACAUUAAAAAAAUAAUAAUAAGAAACACUGAAACUUAUUUAUUGUGGUGAGCUCAGUCGGACGGCAGAGCGCGAGCAAAAUCCACAGAUCUGAAGAUCCAAACGCGGUAGAUCCUUCAAUGCGGUUUAUUUAUUGAUCCGAAGAUUUUGUGGAUUCAGUAGUUUUUUAUCACCGGUAGUCAUGUCAAGGCGACAAGUAAGUUCCACACGGCGACUUGUCGACAGUGGAAGCUUUCCAUUUGCAGGAGCAUUGCAUUCAAAGUCACGUUCCUCUCCCUUUUUAUCCAUUGGCCUUGUCCUCCUGGGAGCAUUUCUUCUUAUUGCCUAUGCUUAUAGCGGCUCAGGUGUAUUUGGAGGUGGCAAAGAAGCUCUUAGUAAGGUGGAAGGUGACUUUUCUUGCACAUUAGAAGUUCAAAGUGCAAUACCUCUUUUGAAGGAAGCAUAUGGCGAUGGCAUGGACAAAGUUCUGCAUGUGGGCCCUGACACUUGUUCAGUAGUAUCUAAACUGUUAAAAGAAGAGGACACUGAAGCUUGGGGUCUAGAUCCAUAUGACAUAGAGGAUGCAGAUGCAAACUGCAAUAGCCUUGUGCGCAAAGGCAUCGUGCGUGUGGCUGAUAUCAAGUUCCCCUUGCCCUACAGGGCAAAGUCAUUUUCUCUCGUUAUUGUCUCAGAUGCUCUUGAUUACCUGUCUCCAAAAUACUUGAACAAGACUCUUCCAGAAAUUGCAAGAGUUGCUGCUGAUGAUCUUGUCAUAUUUACAGGUUCUCCUGGUCAACAAAGAGCUAAAGUUGCAGAGUUAUCUAAGUUUGGACGACCGGCCAAAAUGCGGAGUUCAUCAUGGUGGAUUCGCCUUUUUGUCCAGACAAGCUUAGAAGAAAAUGAAGCUGCCAUUAAGAAGUUUGAGCAGGCUGCAUUACAGAGGUCAUACAAGCCAACCUGUCAAGUUUUCCAUCUCAAACCAUACCAUUAAUCUUCAUUAUAUGGAUUGUUGAGGGUUCAACACAUUCCCCCUCCCCCCCCCCUCCCCAGACUAUAAUGUAUGUUCAAAAAAUUUACUGAUGCCGUUGUGGUAACGCCCCUCCAAGUGAAUUACCGAAAUGUAAUUGCUGAGUCAAAACAAAUAUUAUGUAGAAAAUAGCUAUAUUUCAAAGUAGAACAAACAAUAUUAUUAUUUGGCGGAAAAACAGAAUUGAUGCAAGAAUUGUUUGUUCUCACUGUUAUAAGGUAUUUAUUUAUUUUUUUUGAUGGAAUGUUAUAAGGUA